GGCUCUCCUAGCCGCCACACCGUGCUAUAAAGAAGCAACUUUACGCCGUGCCGCCACAGUCUCGCGAUCGUCGCCGCGUCGCGCGCAGAAACAGGAUUCUCGUUAUUCAGCAGCACGACCAAUCGCGAUAUAACGACGGAGGCGAACUGUUCGCUCAUCGAUCGGCGCGAUAUCACGUCCUGCGAAUCUCGGGACUACCUGCGCCUGGGAACCUCUGGCGCUCUUCGGAUGACGGGAGACUUGAAGUUUUCGAAGCGAGGGGCACGCCGAAACGUCGGAUAGCUGAGGAGGACUCGCCCCCGGCCCCGUCCGCGGCACAACACCGGCGGAUCAUUAUAAUCGAGUGGACAAACCGCCGACAGACAAUAGGGACCCGGCCGGUCGCUUCCGAUGGGGUCGUAGCCGCCGUACGCAGCGCGCGCCUAUUCGUAACAGUAUAUCGCGAUGAUAGGUUAGCCGGUAGCGGCAGGAAGAGAUCGUCGUAGCAAGGGGAGAUCGCCAUAGCUAAUCGUACCACCCAAGGUGGCACAGAUUGAGAGCCCCAUCAGCGCACAUCCUCUCCUGGCUAACGAGAUACCGCCGAGCGUCCAUCCAGUUCGUCCAGCGCGCCGUUACGCCGCUCGUCGCGUCGACGACGACAGCGUCGUGCGUCAGCUUCCGAUUGGCUGAUUAGAAUACGCCGAAACGACCGAAGUCCCGCGAAAUUGCCAACUGAAUUACGGAGAAUUCUGUUUGCCGCGCGAAUCGGCGGCGAUAAAAGAGAGGCAGGAAAAAAAAAAGGGAGGAAAUCUAAUCCCUUAUCCCACCGUUAAUCCCACCGUUAAUCGCGCGCCCGUCCUCGACCUCUUUUUUUUUCUUCCUUUAUCCUCCGUCGUGUCUCUCAUCCCUCUCGGCUUAACUCGGCACCGUGAGCGUCACUCGCCAUCUCGACACGUUGCCGUUUCACUCACGAAGAAACGAGGCAGGAGGGAGAGGGAGAGGCAGGCAAAUUCGCUCUUAGUGCCCCUCGACGGAUCCGGCGAUUCUCUUCCCCAUCGGGACGACAGUCGGCUUCCGGCUAACUGGAAGUGAACGCUCUAUGUAAACGAUUGCCGAGCGCAGCUGUUAUUGGAACACACAGGACUCAGGAAGCGCAUCAUGGAAGUGGCAAGUGAACUGUCGCCGCUGUCGGGGACGGAGAAUCAGGGCAAGAUCAAGGAGAGGAGCUCGUAUUAUCCCCAAGAACCCAGCAAGAGGCCGCAGACCAAGGGAGAGAAAGUGCGAACGUGUCUGAGACAUAACACGCUGACUUUACUGACAGUCGUCGGCGUUAUCGGUGGCGUGGUACUCGGCAUAAUCCUGCGAAGCACACGUGAGAAAUGGACGCCCCGCGAGAUCAUGUACAUCGGUUACAUUGGCGACCUGUUCCUGCGGAUGCUCAAGAGCUUGAUUCUGCCGUUAAUCAUCUCGAGUCUGAUAUCGGCUAUCGGCUCCCUCGAUAUGUCGCUCAGCGGCAAGAUCGGCGGUCGCGCGAUCGGCUACUACACGGUCACGACCAUCCUUGCGGUUAUUUUAGGAAUAAUCCUCGUCUGCUCGAUUCAACCUGGCAGAGGUCAAGAAGCCAAGGAAGCAGCGCAGACGUCGAAAACAAAUGUUUCCACCGCUGACACGUUAAUGGACCUAGUCAGAAACAUGUUUCCGCCAAAUAUCGUGGAGGCUUGUAUUUUUCAACAUCAAACUAUAAUGGAGGAGCCUAAAACGAAUGCACACGUUCCCUACGAUGAUUGGAAACCGAUCCAGAAGUCAGUUUCGGGCUCAAAUAUCCUCGGACUCGUCGUGUUCUCGAUAGUGAUGGGCAUCACUCUCAGUAAAAUGGGACCGCAGACGAAGCCGUUGUUGAACUUCUUCCAGUCGCUAUCCGACGCUAUGAUGGUGAUCACAAAAUGGGUCAUAUGGUUGUCGCCGAUUGGUGUGCUCUCCCUGAUCGCUUCAAAAAUUACGGAGAUAGAAUCGCUCGAAAUCCUAGUCACCCAGCUCGGAAUGUAUUUCCUCACCGUGAUAAUCGCAUUGCUUAUACAUGGCUUUCUGGUGCUGCCCGGGUUGUACUUCCUCUGUACGAAGAAGAACCCGUAUAGCUACAUAUGGAAUAUAGCAGAGGCGCUCAUCACUGCCUUCGGCACGUCUUCGAGUUCGGCGACACUGCCAAUCACCAUCAAUUGUCUCGAAGUGAACAACGGCAUCGAUCCGCGUGUCACCAGAUUCGUCAUGCCAAUUGGCGCUACCGUAAACAUGGACGGUACCGCCCUGUACGAAGCUAUAGCUGCCAUUUUUAUUUCGCAAGUGCGAAACCUAUCUCCUUCCUUCGGACAGUUAGUAGCGAUAAGUAUCACGGCGACUGCUGCCAGCAUCGGCGCAGCUGGAAUUCCGCAGGCCGGCCUAGUGACCAUGGUGAUGGUGUUAAACACGGUACAUCUUCCGGCCGACGAUGUCUUUUUAAUCCUCGCGGUCGACUGGUUACUAGAUCGAUUUAGAACGACCGUGAACGUUAUCGGUGACUCGCUCGGCGCGGGGAUCGUCCAACAUCUUAGCAGGAACGAGCUCUCGACGUUGCCGCACAGCACGCAGCAAACGCAAAACGGAGCCGAUUGUCAAGCGACCACGUCGAUAUAAACUAAUGUGUUCGUUAAUCGUUAAAAUCGCGUCUCCUCUAUUGACGAUCAUAAUCGCGGUUUCAUAAACCGCUUCGCAAUCGGAGGAUCGACCACCCAUGGCAUGGCAAACAUAUCGACAUGCUUAUCGCGCGGCUUAUCAUUGGAGUGUUGCUAUAACUUCUUGAACUUGCAAGAGCCAGAGAGAAUUUAAAAGUAUAUGCGGGAAAAUAAAAUUAAGAAUUAAGAUUAAGAGAACAUGAAUAAAUUUAUGGACGACAACAUGAUAUUACUUGUUACAGUCGUGUCAUGUCCGAGAUUUCUAAUUUUUUUUUAAGUUAUAAAAUUUCGAGAAAUAUAUACCGUUGACGGGUACAUUUCUACAUUUUCAAUCGUACGUCAUAACGAAGCGCGACAAUCGCGAGAUGCGAUCCUGACAAAGUGUUCUUGCGUUAGGUACUCAUUGUCAGUAAGUUCCGUUUUUAUCUUAGCCAAAUUGAUUUAGUUAUCAAUUACUCUAUGCCAUACUACGAGCGAAGGGAACAAUCAACUGUACCACCGUAUCGUAAUGCCAUAUUUGCGAUAAACGCACGCGGUAUGCGACAGGUGCGCGAAUUUCUUCAUUCAAGAGUUAUCCGUACGCAAGUGUACUAUAAAGAAAAAAAAAACAUUACUUUGGUAGUCACGUAAUUGACAUCCAUUCCGCGAUACAAGAUAUAAAUAUACGUAAUGAUAAGGCAUUAAAUAUCGAUUAUUGAACGUGCAGCUCGCGGUGCGAGCGACGAGCGUUCUUCAGAUGAUUUUGGAAUAUAAGAUAUGCUUGAAACUAAAUACUUCUUAACUUUAGUAAAUGUAGGCCCCCACUAAGCAAAUUUGCUUGUAAAAUGUAUAAGUAUAGAGUAUAUACAUACGUACAUAUAUAUAUAUAUAUAUAUAUAUAUAUAUAUAUAUAUAUAUAUAUAUAUAUAUAUAUGAAAUAUGUAUAUGUAUGUAUAUACACAUAUUCGUCUUCCAUUUUUGUUUGCCGAGAAUUACGCUUAUCUGAUACUGUAACGUGUAUAGUAUAGCAUUGCGUUUGAGUCGCAUAAUUCGCAAUCCGGUUUUUCUCUUCGCGAGUUAUCUACGUUUCUUCAGAAGAUUGCAUUUAAGAUUGCGAAACUCGUAACAGAUUUAUGAAAAGCGAAGUGUAUUCGGCGAUUUGAGAAAUUGGAUUUUAUCUGACACGACAAAGAGUCUCAAAUAGUUUAUAUUACCUUUUUUUAUAUGACAAUACAAGCGAGAAUUACAUAUGUAAUUUUACUCGCGUAUAUUAUUCCGCGGCGGUACAUGUUAGGAAAUAUCGUCGCGCAGUUGGUGCCAUACGAUUACAUCGUAUUUCGAAGAUAGCUUUUACACCUACAUAAUAUCCAGUGAAUAAAAGCAGACUUAACAAGUUCGAUGCCAUUAGCAACAAUGAACUGUGAGACUUAACCCUCAAGUAUGAAGCAACGUUGAUCAUUUUACACUCCCAUCGACUCCUCGAUUGAGAAAACGGAUAUGCAAUUUUAUGUUUUAUUUUACUGCAUUUUUUUACAUGUUUUCUCACGCGAUAAAAAAAAUUCGAUAAGUAAACUAAAAGUGUAAAGUUUUGUUGUAGAGCAUGUUAAAUGACGUAAAGCAAAAUCCGUACUUAAGAGUCGAAACGCCUUUUAUUUUUUGUUACAAUCUUUUAUUUUUCGGCACAACAAAAAUAAUCACUGUUAAAUCAUUGUCUUCGCGUGACAUGUAAAAGAAUUAUGUGAGAAAAUAACAAAAUGAUUAAUAAACAAAUCGCUUGAUUUUCUUA